CACUGCAUCAGAAGUUGUGUUUGCAGAGCAGUAUGAGGGAGCACUGACUAAGUUACAGAGUUUUCAGUCUCAUGGUAGUGAGGCUUUCACCAAACCUAGUGCCAGCACCAGACAGGGCCUAGGGGCUGUGAGGAAAGCAGCGGAGGCAGGUGUAGCUAAAAUGACCAUAUCCGGCAUUGUAGAUCAACUUCUGUUGUCACAGAACCUGCCUCAAUUCAGCCAGGACUUAUUGGAAGCCGUGAAGUCUCAAGGAGCAUCCAGUAUGUUUUCUAGUCACAUCAAGGCUGAGGAUAUUCCAUGUAUGAUAAUGCUGGAUUUAGCAUGCUGUGGCUGCAAGUCAUGGGAGACCUGCAGCAGUAUGCUGAAUAUGGCAAAUAAAAGACUGAAUGGAGAAGGGAACACCAGACAUGUUCAUCUUGGCGACUCUUCUAAAGAUGCUGUCAAAUCUUCGAAGCAUGAAGUGCAGUUGAAGGGCAUGAUGGGUUUCUUGGACCAGUUAACCAAGCUUCACACCCAAGGCACAACAGAAGGAAUGGCUCCUCAGGGGAAGGUAGAGGGCAGCACUAUGUAUGUCAAACAGAGCGCUAAUCAGUGUCUGACAUCUGCAGCCCUGCCUCUGGACCUGACAUCAUUUCAGCUCUACUUUGCUGCAGUCAUGGAUUUAGAUAAGGGAGUGGAAGGUGUGGAAAAGGCAUUGGAAAAUGCUGCAAGAUUGGAAAGAAAAGCAGCAUUUAGUGGAAAAAAGAAAGUGAAACUGAAACCUGUCACUCAUAGCAGCAUGAAGCUGUUAAUGACACACCAUAAGCAACUGGUUCCUGUAGCUGGACUACAGGCUUACUUUCUCAGGGAUCAAAAUAUGAGCAGUAAUACAAACUACCUAUUUACUCUGUACAACCAUGUUAAGCAGUUGGCCUUUUUAGUAGCAGAGUGCGAAAGCAUAGAAACAGUGGAUCCAAGGGGCAAUUACUUCAAAAUGUUACAAGAGGGGCCAACUCAGAUUCUUGGAAAGCUCAUGUUUGGGAAGAAAAUGCCACCCACUAGACUUGAAGUAGUUGCCAAGAAGAUGAAACUAAAUCUGACUCGUGUAAUAGUGAAAAACUGCUGUCCUGACAUUCCCUGCAGGUAUCCUGUUGCCGGUGUCAUGCAAGGUAAA